AUGCAGGCAGUUGCAGAUCCAGAAACGCUUUACACCAAGCAGAAUUGCCUUGGCGGUGGAAGCUUUGGUAAAGUCUACAAAGGUGUCGACAAGCGCACCGGUCAAUCUGUUGCGAUUAAGAUUAUAGACGUUGAAAAUGCUGAAGAUGAGGUGGAAGACAUCAUCACCGAGAUUUCCAUCAUGUCAACCAUGAACUCGCCCUAUGUAACGAAAUAUCUCGGCUCCUAUCUCAAAGGCUCAGACCUUUGGAUCGUGAUGGAGUUUUGUGCUGGCGGAAGUUGCUCGGAUCUUUUACGACCAGGAAUCAUACCUGAAGACUACAUCAUGAUCAUUAUAAGGGAGCUGCUGCUGGGACUGGACUACCUUCACAGUGACAAGAAACUACACCGGGAUAUCAAAGCUGCAAACAUAUUGCUAAGUGGAAAUGGCCAAGUGAAAUUGGCCGAUUUUGGUGUCUCCGGUCAGCUUAGUGCUACUAUGACGAAAAAGAAUACAUUUGUGGGAACACCUUUCUGGAUGGCACCAGAGGUGAUCAAACAAUCUGGCUACGACUACAAAGCAGAUAUUUGGUCUCUCGGUAUCACAGCCAUUGAAUUGGCGACUGGGCAACCACCUUAUUCCGACAUCCACCCUAUGAAGGUAUUGUUUUUGAUUCCAAAGAACAACCCCCCGACACUUCAAGGAAAUUUUAGCAAAAUUUUCAAGGACUUCGUGGGUUUGUGUCUUCGACGUGAUCCCCGAGAGCGACCUACGGCAAAGGAGUUACUCAGGCAUCCGUUUUUAAAGAAGGCCAAGCGAACAACAUACCUGACUGAGUUGAUCGAAAGACACGAACGCUGGCAGGCAAUCCACGGACGUGGCACUCCCGAUGACGAUGACGAUCGUGCGCAACAAGUGCCGCCAUCAAAGCCUACUCCAGACGACGAAGAUUUAUGGGACUUUGGAACCGUUCGCCCGGCUGGUAGGAAUGCUGGUCUUCAAGCAUUGAGUGGUGCAGCGGCAAACGUCCGCAAUCAAAGCCAUGACCCGUGGUCUUCGGACACCAAUCAAGUAGUCAAGAGUGAAAGUGACGCCAUUGAAAACACUAAAGAAACCCUCCGUAUUAACUCUCCGCCGCAAUCUUCUACAAAGCAGAAAGCUUCCAUACCGAAACCUCUAGGGUCACCUACAAAGAUUCCUUUACCUCAAUCUCCGCAAAAACCGCAACAAGCUCGUGCUUUCCCUGGAACACCAUCGCGUCUGGAUAAGUCUUCGAUAGCAAACAAAGAUAAUGAUAGCCCCUCCACAAAAGACUACGAUAAAGCUCUUCAGCAAUCGCUUGCGUCUGACUUGACCUUUUUGAAUCUUGCUGGCUCACCAAAUUCUACUUCGUCUCGGCCGCAGUCUCAACAACAAGGAACCCCUACUCCCACUCAAACUGAGAACAUAAGCCGCAAGCCAGUGGGCAAUCAAGUAUCGACUUCUUACUUAAGACAAGAGCAACCUUCUUCUAAUGUCCCCCCGGCUCCGAAUCCAGUCGUCCAACGUGUUGCUGGACUACCCGAGCAAAAAGCUCUUCCUGCAUUCCAGCCCCUACCGUCGUUGUCAGCGCCUCAACCAUGUCGCCAAUCGGAUUCGUCAAGGAAUUCCGAAAACAGGAGGAGGAGUAUCGACUCCCAGAUUUCAACAACUUCAACCUCGAGUAAUCUCACGUCUUCUGCAUCCAGUGCCGGCGCGAACACUCUAAGCCGUGAAGUUAUCAUUCCAGCUCUCGACCAUGCUCUUCAAUGUCGAGCACGAGGUCUCAACAACACUCUAGCCGUGAUGGCCCAAGAUCCCCGUGGCAUGUCAAAGGAAGCCACUCAUCGUCACCAAUAUGCACACGAUCGAAUCAAAAGACUGGCACUCAAGGCUGCUGGUAUCUUCAAAGAGAUUGAUAGACUUGACCAGGAAGCACCCGUCGACAUGGAGAUGGGCCAAUCAUCAACGACCGAAGCGUUUAUUGAUGCGCUCAUGAGAUACUGUGAGGUUGAUACCGCCGAUCCCGAGGCUGUCAACUAG